AACUUAAUUCUGUUUUAGAUCCAUCUCAUGUUAUAGGGCUGUUUCCCAAUUUAUUACCAGAAGAAUUUCGAAGCAGCCUUGAGUAUCCAGACAUACUUCCAAAUUUUCAAGGCACAGAAUUAGAGAAUGGAUUAUUGGCUCUUACUGAUUAUUUAGUUGAAGUGCGUCACAGGUUAAAAUCAGAUCUUACAAGUAAUGUUCCAUCCAUGACAGCUAUAAUGGAGGCAGGGAAAACUAAAAUUCGUUCAAAGAAGCAGCUUUUACAAAUCAUUGACACCACUUUGCUUAAAUGUUACCUUCAGACAAAUGAUGCUUUGGUAGCAUCAUUAUUGAGGGUUAAAGACAAUUAUUGCCACAUCGAUGAAUCUGAAAGAGCAUUAAAAAUGCAUCAGAAAUACAGUGAAUUGAUCAUACUUUAUAACAAAAAAGGCAUGCAUAGAAAAGCUCUUGAGUUACUGAUGAGACAAGCAAAGAAAGCAUAUUCUCCUUUAAAAGGGCAUGAAAGAACAAUACAGUACUUGCAACACUUAGGGAGUGAACAUCUGGAUUUAAUUUUUGAAUUUGCUAAAUGGGUUUUAAAAGAACAUCCUGAGGACGGUUUGAAGAUUUUUGCUGAAGAUUUGAUGGAAACUGAAAAUUUACCCCGUUCACAAGUGUUAAAUUAUUUAUGUGAAACUGAACCUGAUUUAGUAAUACCUUAUUUGGUAAGUGUAAAUGUAACUGCUUUUGAUUUUUAGACAUUUUUUUCCUGGCU